AUGGGAAAUUGCAUGAGAAGUAGUAGAGCUCAUGUUGUAGUUCAUGAUGAUGAUGAAGACAAAAAAGUUGAGGAAUUAGCACAAAAGGCAAAGGAACAAAGCAAGAGAAGAAAGAGUGUUAGAUUUAAAGUUGUAGAUAAUGAUGUUGAUGAUGAAGAGAAAAAGGCAGAAGAGGGCAAAAAAAUGAUGAUGAAAAAAGGUCAUGUGGUGAGGAUUAGGGUAGUGGUGACACAGGAAGAAUUGAAGCAAAUCUUGAAUGGGAAAUUGGAUUUUUCAUCAAAAGACGAACUUUUAAGAAAAAUAAAGUCAGCAAGUAUUAGAAGUAACAACAAAAGAAGAUUAUAUGAAGAUGGAUCUAAUUUUUCUUAUGGAAAAAUGACUAGUCGUAGUUGCACAAGUUGGAGGCCUGUUCUUGAGAGCAUUCAAGAAGACAAUUAA